AUGGAUGAUAAAAAUAGCACAGUUUUCAAUUGUGAUGUUCUAAUAUGUGGUACUAGCUUGUUGAACAGCUUAUUGUCAGUUUAUUUCUCCCUAAAAGGUUAUAAAGUAAUAAAUAUUGAUAAAAAUAAUUACUAUGGUGAUGUAAAUUGUUCUUUGAGUUUCAAUCAAUUUCAAGAUGAAAAAAAUAACCUUCAUAACUUUUACGAGGAAUAUUUUCCUUUUUAUAAAAUAAAUAAUAGUCAAGAAGAAAGUGAAAAACAAAAGAGAAAAACACAAAAAGAGAAAUUGGAAGAAAUUAUUAAAAAUUAUUUCCAAAUAAAUAACAAUAAAUUUAACAUUGAUAUUAAUCCAAAAAUAUUAUAUAAUGAGAGUGAUAUUGUUAAUUUACUUUUAAAUUUAAAUGCCCAUACCUAUAUUAGCUUUGUGGGAAUGCAACAUUUUUAUUUAUCACACACAAAUGAUGAACAUAAAGAAAAUGAUCUUAAUACGAAUGAUAAUAAAAACCAAAAUUAUGAUGAGCAGACAAAUAAUACAUUUACAAACAAUGAAAAACAAUCGGAUUUAAUAAUACUAAAAAUCCCACUAAAUAAAUCGCAAGUAUUUUUAGACCCAAAUCUAACUCUUAUUGAAAAAAGAAUGAUAAUGAAUUUUAUUUAUAAACACAUUAUACAUGAUAAAAAUUACACCUUUUCACGUUUUUCAAAUUACAAUUUUAUAAAAACAGAAAACACACUACAAAACAACCAAUUACCAAUAAAAAAUAAUUAUGAACACAAUAAGCCUGAUGAUCCAAAUAAAAAUUGUGUAAACAAUGAAACAUUAAAACGGGAAAUAAAUGAAAAUAAUAAUAUUGAAGAUAAAACAAAAGAACACGAUGAAAAUAUAAAUAUAUUAGAUUACUUAAAGGCAUACAAAAUAACAGAUAAAUUAACUGAUUAUGUUAUUUAUGGAAUAGGAUUAUUUGAAUUUGAAAUAGAAAAAACUAAUGAAAAAAAUAUAUCCGAAUAUUACUUAAAUGGGUUUACAAAAGAAAAAAAAUUUAUUAUGAAUAAAAGAGAAUUUAUGCAACGCUUGCAUAUAUUAAUAAACUCGUUAAAUAAAUUUAAAUUACAAAAUUUUUUUGAAAAUGCUUUCAUUUAUCCAUCAUAUGGAUUGAAUGAUAUUAUAUUUUCGAUGUCAAGGGUAUCAUGCCUAAAUAAUGCCAUAUAUAUGAUUAACAGAAAAAUUAAAAAUAUUAAUUACUCAAAGUUUCACACGCAAACCAAUUCUAUUGAAAUAAAUAAUAAAUAUAAUGAUAACGAUGAUAAUUGUUUACCAACUUUAUCACAAAUAAACGAAGUAAUUCUUGAUAAUGAAUAUGUUAUAAAACCAAAGUUUGUUAUAUCAUCUGGAUCUAACAUAAAUUUCCAUGAAAUAAAAAAAUUUCUUUUUUCUUCACCAAAAAAAAAAAUUAAUAGCUACAGUAGUAAUCAAAAUGACAAUAUUAACAACAAUAGUAAUAAUAAAUUUCGUACCCAAAUUGUAACAAGCCGAUUAAUUGUUUUAAGUACGUACUCAUUUCUUGGAAAGGAUGGUGUAUCAUUUUUCAUACAUAAAGAUAAAAAUAAUAAAUAUAAGAAGGAAACAAAUUCGAAUAAUAUAAAUACCAAUGUACAUAUAUUGCAAUUAGACUAUAGUAGUGGUUCAUGUCCUCCAGGUUUUUUUUUAACAUAUUUUACUUAUCUAGAUAUUAUAGAGGAACAAAAGAUAACAAAUAACAACUUAAUCAACUUGCCUAAUAAUAUUAAUAAUGAUCAAAUAAACGAUAAAAAAAGUGAUACACACAUAAAAAAUCAAAAACCAUUAAAUUAUUUGCUUUUAUUUGAUGUAUUAAAAUUAUUCAUAAAAAAAUCAAAAGGACUUUCUAAUUCAUAUGUAGAUCAAUAUUUAUCAGCUAAAAAUGUAUAUAACGAUGAUUAUUAUGGAAUUAUGAACAAAAUCUCUGACUAUUUUAGCAACGAAUUUGCAAAUAAUAAUAACUGUGCAUAUGAGUUUACAAAACUUGAAAGUGCAAAAAACGAAGAAAAAAAAGAAGCAGUGAAUUGUAGUUCAUAUCAACAAAGUGAUGUAAAUGAUGUAAAUGAUGUAAAUAAUGUAAAUGAUGUAAAUGAUGCAAAUGAUGUAAAUAAUGUAAAUGGUGUAAAUGAUGCAAAUGAUGUAAAUAAUGUAAAUGAUGCAAAUGAUGUAAUUAAGAUUUAUGACUCCUAUUCACAAAAUAGCAAAACUGUAGAAAACAAACAAAAUGAAAAAAAUAAUUUUUUCUUAAAUUCUUUUAAUAAUUUAUUGAAAACUGAAGGUAUUAUUUAUUGUGCAUAUUACGAAUACAAACCUGUAAUAUACAGGAAAGAUACUAUUAAAUUAAUUAAUCAUAAUAUAGAGCUAUAUAAAAAAAUAUUUGAAAAUGUAGAAAAAAACAUUACAGAUGCCCAUAAAAACAUCGAAUUGGUUGAAAAAAAACAAUCCACAUUGAAUUAUGCAACUGAGGAUGAAAAUAAAAAUACUGAAUCGAGCGAAAAAAAAAGUGUGCAUGUAAAUUAUAAUGAAAAAAACGAUUUAAAUAUUAAUAAUCAGGAAAACAUAAAACAAAAUAAAUCGUGUGAUGAUUUAAAUAAAACAAAUAUUUAUCAACUUGAUGAAAAUGCAAAAAUUUCCAACUUGUUGUUUACUAAUGAUAUACACAACUACCCUAUAUACCCUCUCGUUGAAGAUGUUUCUACUUUUUUUUACAUUAUUAAUAAACUUAACAAUAAUUUUAGUCAAUCCGAUUAUUAUCAAACAACAUAUGAUACAUUUGCCAAUAUGAUAAAAACAUAUUUUAAUAAUAAUAAAAUAAAUAAAGUUUAA